UUGUUUGCAGAAGAAGAAGAAAACGUGGGGCAUGUGAAUUCUCAUAACAGGAACUAGGAUUGACCAUCUUUAUCUAACCAUGCACUCCCCAAUAGAUAGACGCAACAAUCUAGUCACUCAGAAACUUGUCGCAUAAAACAUUUUCCUCGAUACAUACUAUUAUCAUAAAAAGCUUACGUACAAGUCGUCGGUUUUCAACAUUAAAAUCCUUAUUGCCACCAUGUCUUUCUAGUUUCUACAAAGAAAAAAAGAAAAAAAAAAUUCAGGCAUGAAAUCAUAAUAACUUGAUUACUCCCCCGACAAGCCAAAAAAGAAGCAGAGGAAUUUUCAUUUUUCAAACAGAGAGAGCUCAUAGUAGUGUGAUUUUGCCAUUUUUUGUGAAGUUAAAAAAAUUCUCGCUUGUUUCUCACGAGAGAACAAGAGAAUUAAAGGUUUGAAAGCUGAAUCAGGAUGGAGCCAUUCGGUGCAGAGGGAUGUCACAGCAGUGAAUCUGGAUGGACCAUGUAUAUUGGGUCCCCCAUAGAUGAUGCUGGACAUAGUAGUGACAACGACGACAACAACAAGAAAGGUACUCAAGCUCAUCCACAAGAUGAUGAUGAUGAUGAUGAUGAAAGUGAUGAUUCUAUGGCUUCUGAUGCGUCUUCUGGGCCAAGUCAUCAUCAUGGCUUUGCGGAUUUCCGCCGAGAUGCCGAAGAAGAAAAUGAUGAAAACAAGUAUUGCUUAGAGAAGAAAGCAGGUAAAACUCAACACAAGCAAAUGGAAGGGAAAAAGGUGGAAAAGAAUGGGAUGUUAAUAGUUGAUAGCAAAGAUAAGUCUCCAGUUCAGGGUUGUGGAAAGGUGAGAAAAAAUUACUUUGUGGGAAAAAGGAAAUAGCUAGGUGUAUUUCCCUGCUCCACAGCUGGUUAAUUUGUUGAUGUUUAGGUUUUCUUUUGAAACUAGAUAAUUAAUUAAUAGCUGCAAUUACUGUGUUGUACUCAUUUGCAUUUCCAUAGUUGUUGUGAUAGUGAUGGCCAUUUCACUAUAUUAGCCACAGCAUGCAAGGAUUAAAGGGUAUGGAUGCAUAUCUGGUUAGUUCUGAAAUAUGUUGUUCAGAUAUGUACUAGUAUGUUACUUUUUGUAUGCUAUGUCUCUGAGGCAUUACAAACAUUGAAGGCUUUUUUUUUUUAUUAUUA